AAAUUUCACGAGGAUAAACGCGAAUCACUUCUUUGAUUUCAUAAACAGACGGACUGUUUCCUGUAAAAACAAAUCUACUCUAAAAUAAUACUGGGGUUAAUUAAGGUGUAUGCAGCUAAGUAUCUUAAAUGUAAUGCUACUUUAAUUUAAUAUGCUGCUUAAAAGGACCUGCAAUUGAAAUUAUUUUAUCAGCAAAGAAGAGAAGGAAAGAAACAAAAUGGAUGCUCAACUUGACAGUUUAGAUCUUGCAAUGAACUACCAGCAAGAGGCUGUUUAUAGUAAUUCCAGCAAUGACGACAAUGCUGGUGAGAUGUCUGAAAGGGUUUCAACCUUAGCUAGUGGCAUUUAUAGUGAAUUUGAAAAAAUGAUUCAAAAACAUGGCCCAGAUGUUGUUGAGAAUUUAAUGCCAAUGGUUGUAAAUGUACUUGAGCAAUUAGAAUCAUCGUAUAGUGAAGGAAAUGAACAAAGCAUGGAAUUAGAAAUGAUAGCUGAAGACAACGAACAACUGAUAACACAAUACGAAAGGGAAAAACAGUUACGAAAACUUGCAGAAGCGAAAUACCUUGAAUAUGAGGAUUCACGAGAACAAGAUAGAUCUGAACUUCAAAGUGUAAUCGAACAACUUGAGCACCAACGAAAGCAAGCAGAAAGCAAAAUUAAAAACUUUCAAGACCAAGUUGAUAGGUUGGAAGAACGAUGCAGUGAACAGAAAAGAGAAUAUGAAGUUUUACACACAAGGCACACAGAGAUGCUACAUGCUUACAUGGAAAGAAUGGAGAUGCAAGCGAAAAUGUCACCAUCUUCUGCAUCGUCAGAAACCAAUCUCGGUUUUAGGAAACGACUUGGUGUUGCGCAAGGUCUAGUAUCUGCAUCACAGCCAAACCUUGCUGUUCAAAGUCAACAGGAAGCAUUAAAAAGUGCAUCUUCAACUCAGAUCUUAACAAAGAACACUGAAGUUGUAGAAAGUAGAAAUGAUUUAUCGUUUGAAGAUGAAGUAACAAAUGAGGAGAAAGCAUUUGUAGAAGAUUCAAAAUUAUCUACAAAACAACUAAAAAAACUUCCUGCACCUGAUUUAUCGCGUAGUGUAUCACACGAGAUUGUUAAUACUGAUAAUGUAAAAGCUGAUUCAACAGUUAUACAGAGAAGUAAAGCAACUAGUGAAGAUACAAAUAAUGACGAAAGUAUGUUUUUUCAGACAGCCACUGACAUAUCUUCAGUCAAAGAAUCAGAGAUUUACCUUAGUCCAGAGGCAAAAGCCAUAUUGCAUUCGACCCCAGAACUUAUGAAAACUGAAUCUAGAAUUAAUACAGUUGAAUUUCAAGAAACUCCCACUAUAGACAUUCAGCAAGCACAAAAAGUACAGCAAAAUAAUGUGUCCUUGUUUGCAGAGCUUGAAUCAGAGGUUGUUACACCAUCAGAUAUGGAAACUAAUGAAAUGCAGUUAGUUGGUCAACAAGGGUUAAGAGAAUUUAAUUUAUUGUUGGACGAAAAUAAAGAAUUGACUGUUAUAAGAGACAAGUUGCAGACACAGAAAAAUGACCUAUUAAGGCGUGUUGAAGAACUUUCUGGAGAAAAUGAGCUGCAAGAAGAAGAAAUGCAUGGAUUGCAAGCUACAAAAGCUCGCAUGAAACUUAAAAUUUCAGAAUUAGAACAAACACUAAAAAAAAUACGUCUUGAAAACGACAAAGCUCAGAUACAAUUGAAAAAUAAAACAACUCAGGAACAAAUUUCAUCUGCCAAUCGCAAACGUUUCACACGUGUGGAGAUGGCAAAAGUUUUGAUGGAGAGAAACCAAUACAAGGAAAGGUUAAUGGAGUUGCAGGAAGCUGUUAGGUGGACUGAGAUGAUUCGAGCUUCUAAAGAAAAUCAUAUUACAGCAUUACAACAGAAGAAGAAGUCUUCAUCUAUCUGGAAAUUAUUCAGUAAUCUUUUUGCAAGUUCGAGUGGCUCAUCAACGACUUCCCCCAAGAAAGGUCCUCCUGCUCAGCCUAUAAAUGUUUGGUAUGGUAGUCAAGGAAGUGUGCCUGUGGCACGUCGUCACACGUCAGUUGGUCUUGCAAACAUGAGUAAUUAUCCAGCUAGAUACAGUGGGGAGUCAGGUUUUGAAGGGUUAACUGAAAGACAAAGACUGGAAAGAAAAGAACGUUAUAAAAUUGUUAAAGAGCAUAUAAAUUCAGAGGGAAGAAAACAAGCGUACGGAUGGAGCUUACCUGCUAACUAUACGGGAGAUCAGAGUGGUCCAAUGGCAGUGCCCAUACCUGUUUAUUGUCGACCGUUAAACACUGAUCCCGCAAUGAAGAUAUGGUGUGCAUCUGGUGUAAACCUUACAGGAGGUCGAACAACUGGUGGUAAUUUUGUUGGAGUCCCUCUAGACUUCAAGGAACCGUCCACGUCCACUGUUUGGAUUGGCACAAGUACACAUUCUUGCAGUAAAGUGACCAUCAUAGAUUCUAACAAUCCAUCGGUAGCUCUUGAUCAGUUCAUAGUUUCAUCUUCACAUCUUCUCUGUAUGGCAGCAGUGGCAGGACUUGGUAUAGAAGAUGCAGCUUCAGAAGGGGUUACGCGAGCUGAUCUUCAAAGAUCAUCCCGACAAGUAGGAUCUUCCAGUGGUCAGAGACAAAUGUCUCCUGAUCACGCAGGAAGUGUGAUGGGUAUCCAAGCAGAGGAGGAGUCAUUUCCUGAUGAUGAUGUGGUUGACGGUUCCCAUAUUCUGAAAGUUUCAAGCCUCCUUCCUACUAUGUGGUUGGGUGCACAGUCAGGAAAAGUGUACAUUCAUUCAGUGGUAACCAAUUGGAAGAAAUGCUUACAGUCAGCAAAACUAAAAGAUUCUUUACUAAGCAUUGUACAUACUCAUGGUCGAGUUCUUGCGGCACUUGCUGAUGGUACUGUUGCUAUCUUUCAUCGCAAGCCAGAUGGUCGAUGGGACCUAAGUAAUUAUCACUUACUUGACCUUGGGCGUCCACACCAUUCUAUACGAUGUAUGACACAAGUCCAAGAUCACGUGUGGUGUGGUUACAGAAAUAAAGUUCAAGUGAUCAACCCAAGAACGAUGAAAAUAGAGAAAUCUUUCGAUGCACAUCCUCGCCGCGAAAGUCAAGUACGUCAGUUAGCUUGUAUUGGAGACGGUGUGUGGGUGUCAAUUCGACUGGACAGCACGUUGAGGUUGUACAAUGCUCACACCUAUCAUCAUCUGCAGGAUGUUGAUAUUGAACCAUACGUUAGCAAAAUGUUAGGUACUAGUAAACUUGGCUUCUCCUUUGUUCGGAUUACUGCUCUUCUUCUGACGGACGACCGUCUUUGGGUGGGAACGGGUAACGGUACUGUCUUAUCUGUCCCAUUGGUGUCAUCAAGACCUUCUCGAGAGAGUGAAACUGAUCCCACAAAACUUGCUUUGUCAUCACCACACAAUGGAGGUAGAGAAAAGCGCAGUGAUUCACAAAGCUUGUUUAUGCCUUACUGUGCAAUGGUUCAUGCUCAACUUUCGUUUCAUGGCCACCGUGAUUCUGUGAAGUUUUUUAUUGCUGUGCCUGGCUCAGCAGCAAAUGUUGAAGCCGCAAAGGCGUAUUCCAAUGCUGGUGCACGACCUCCAAGUCCUUCCAAUGUUGGACCUAAUAAAGGAGAGGAUGGAAGUUUACUUGUCAUGAGUGGAGGAGAAGGUUAUAUUGACUUCAGAGUUGGAGAUGACGAACCAUCGGAUCAGUCAAGUGAGACAAAAGGCGGAGUAAUGGUCGAAAGAAGUCAUUUGCUCGUGUGGCAAGUUGGAGGCAGUGAAGAUAAGGUCAUGUCAUAAUUUACAAACUGAGAUUUUGUUUGUACAGUCACAGUUCAAGCUAGCGUUAGUAUAAUGCAUCACUUCUGUCACAGAACCUUCAUUUUUAAAAUACACUUUAUUUAUAUCAUGAUAAUUCUUAAAAAUGGUCUUAAUUUCAUUAGAAACUAAAUUAUUACAACGCCUUUAUUUGUCUGGAAAGAUAUUAAUUUUGAUAACAUUUGGUGCAAAGAUUGUGAAAUGAUGUUCACUCAUCGUUAGUUAGUUACUCAACCUUGUAGUUAUUAUGAAAAUUCUUUAUUUUGGUAAAUUAGUACUUUUUUAAAACAUUUAGAAAGGUAGCUAAAACUACUGCACCAGGAUUGUAUUAUAAUCAAUGUGUUUAUUUACAUAAAAAGGUCGAAACUAGUCAAAUCAUAAUUUAGUUAAUUUGGAUAGAUUUGCAGUAAAAUGCAAAAAGAUUUCACGCCAUUUUCGUAAAAAAAAUGUGUUUUGUUCAGAUAAAAUGUUGCAUCAACCAUUUAGAAGAAUGUGAAAUAAAAAAUUGCUAGUUUAGGUCUAUUUUCACCCAUUUAUAUAUAACUAGACUGAAAGUCAACUGUAGCGUGCUUCAACUAGUUUGUGUUAGCAAGAGAAAUCUUGAUCACAAAAAUUAUUAUAAGUUAUGGUAAAUUAUAUAGACGAAUAUUCUAAGUUCGAUGUAUUUUGUCGUUUAUUACGUCAUAAAUAGGCUGUGUUUAUUCUUAAAGUAAUUUUUUUACCAUGAACAAAAUGAAUUUAUUUGUAUAGUAUUUAAAAACCCUCGUUUCCAGACUUCCGCUAAUACUUUGUGCGGAAUGUUUAUGGGAUCGUAUUCUCUGUAAAAAUCCAUGUUGAAUGAAAUAUAAUAUCCUACUGUG